AUGUCGCUGCAGAGGAUCGUGCGUGUGUCCCUGGAGCACCCCACCAGCGCCGUGUGCGUGGCUGGCGUGGAGACUCUCGUGGACAUCUAUGGGUCGGUUCCCGAGGGCACAGAGACGUUCGAGGUGUACGGGACCCCGGGUGUGGACAUCUACAUCUCUCCCAGCAUGGAGAGGAGCCGGGAGCGCGCGGACACCGGGCGCUGGCACUUUGACGAGGGGCUGGAGAUCAUCGUGGUCAUGAAUUCCCCCAGCAACGACGUCAAUGACAGUCACGUCCAGAUCUCCUACCACUCCAGCCACGAGCCUCGGCCCCUGGCCUACGCAGUGCUCUACCUCACCUGCGUGGACAUCUCUCUGGAUUGCGACCUGAACUGUGAGGGCAGGCAGGACGGGAGCUUCGUGGACAAGCGGCAGUGGGUCUGGGGGCCCAGUGGACACGGAGCCAUCCUGCUGGUGAACUGUGACCGCGACGACCCGAGCUGCGAUGUCCGGGACAACUCUGACCAGCACGUGCGCUGCCUGGAAGACCUGGAAGACAUGUCCGUGAUGGUCCUGCGGACCCAGGGCCCUGCGGCCCUCUUCGAUGACCACAAGCUUGUCCUGCACACCUCCAGCUCGGACGCCGAGCGGGCCCGGGUCUUCCACCUCUGCGGUCCUGAAGACUCCUGCAAGGCCUACAGGUGCGUGCUGGGCCAGGACAAGGUGUCCUACGAGGUGCGGCGCUUCCACGGGGACGAGGAGCGCUUCUUCGUGGAGGGCCUCUGCUUCCCCGACGCCGGCUUCCCGGGGCUGCUCUCCUUCCACGUCACCCUGCUGGAUGACUCCAAUGAAGACUUCUCCCAGUCCCCCAUCUUCACCGACACCGUGGUGUUCCGCGUGGCCCCGUGGAUCAUGACGCCCAGCACCCAGCCGCCCCUGGAGGUGUACGUGUGCCGGGUGAGGAACAACACGUGCUUUGUGGAGGCCGUGGCUGAGCUGGCCGAGAAAGCCGGCUGCAAGCUGACCAUCUGCCCGCAGGCCGAGAACCGCAACGACCGCUGGAUCCAGGACGAGAUGGAGCUGGGCUACGUGGAGGCGCCGCACAAGACCUUCCCCGUGGUCUUCGACUCACCGCGGAACGGGGAGCUGCAGGACUUCCCUUACAAGCGGAUCCUGGGUCCCGAUUUUGGCUACGUGACUCGGGAGCCCCGAGACAGGUCAGUGAGUGGCCUGGACUCCUUCGGGAACCUGGAGGUCAGCCCCCCGGUGGUGGCCAACGGGAAAGAGUACCCCCUGGGGCGGAUCCUCAUCGGGGGCAACCUGCCUGGGUCGAGCGGCCGCAGGGUCACGCAGGUGGUGCGGGACUUCCUGCACGCGCAGAAGGUGCAGCCGCCGCUGGAGCUCUUUGUGGACUGGCUGGCCGUGGGCCACGUGGACGAGUUCCUGAGCUUCGUCCCCGCCCCCGAUGGCAAGGGCUUCCGGAUGCUCCUGGCCAGCCCGGGCGCCUGCUUCAAACUCUUCCAGGAAAAGCGCAAGUGGGGCCACGGCAGGGCCCUCCUGUUCCAGGGGGUCGUUGGCGACGGGCGGGUCAAGACCAUCUCCAUAAACCAGGUCCUCUCCAAUGACAACCUCAUCAGCUUCAACAAGUUUGUGCAGAGCUGCAUCGACUGGAACCGCGAGGUGCUGAAGCGGGAGCUGGGCCUGGCCGACCGCGACAUCAUCGAUAUCCCGCAGCUCUUCAAGCCCGAGAAGAAAAAGGCCGUGGCCUUCUUCCCUGACCUGGUGAACAUGCUGGUGCUGGGCAAACACCUGGGCAUCCCCAAGCCCUUCGGCCCCAUCAUCAACGGCCGCUGCUGCCUGGAGGAGAAGGUGCGGUCCCUGCUGGAGCCGCUGGGCCUGCACUGCACCUUCAUCGACGACUUCACCCCGUACCACAUGCUGCACGGCGAGGUGCACUGCGGCACCAACGUGCGCCGGCAGCCCUUCGCCUUCAAGUGGUGGCGCAUGGAGCCCUGA